AUGAAGUCAUAUGUCCUGGAUGAAAAUGGAGCGGGGCUGUAUGCCAAACGAGGGGCCUCUGAGGCCCAUGACCCUGGAGACCACUGGGAUGCCACUGAGCAGCAUGGAAUGAGGACGUGGACAGAUCCUGUGCUUAUGGAGAAGUGUUUUGGACGCAAAGCCAGCAAUGCCGCCAGCUUGCUGCAGUUUCUGUCCCUUGCAGUGAGCUUGGAGGAGCCACAAGUGAAAGAAGUCUUGAGCAAGAAGCAAGAAACUCUGAGGACCCUUUCCCUGCACUGCCAGGAGAAAGACACCGAGGCUGUCAGGCAGCUGGCAGUGACUGGGGAACACAAGAAGAGGAUAACCAAGCUCAGCUCUAACAUCCAGGAAGAAAGACCCAAGAAAAGGAAGCAGAGGACGGAGUCCGGCUGGCAACUAGAGGGAAUGAUGGAGAAGCACAAGGUCCUCUGGGAAUUCCACAUGAGGGGAAAACCCUUGGUUGGGAUCAAAGAAACCUGGUUAUAUACACGGGGAGUAGGCAGACACAUGGUCCCAGAAAUGAGCAGCAGCAGCAGCAGCCACAAGGAUCAGCUGAUGAUGGAGGAAAGGCAAAGUCAGGAGAAGCCUGGCAGCCUCCAGGCCCAGGUGGGCGCGUUGAUUGGACCUGAGGGCGUGGCUGAAGCCACAGGUGCCAGCGGUGAGGAUGCCUUCCUGGGCACUGUGGACGCUGCUGCAGCCGUGCAACUGCUUGAAGAAGAAAACAAGAAAGCUACAGAAGUCCUGGAGGCAGCCAUUCUGCACUAUCACCAGCUGCAGCAGAAAUACCAGAGGAUGAAGAGGCAGCUAGAAGCUCUUAGCGGCAAGCAAGGGUCUCAGGAGAGAAGCCCUGAGGGGGCUGCUGGAGGGAAAAGCAGCUUGUUACCAAGGGAGAGUGAGGCUGGAAACUUGGUGAAACUCUGCUUUACUUGA